CCUGCGUUUGACAGCUGCGAAAUAGAAGAAAAUGUAUAGCGCAUAGAUGGUCUGGGAGACCAUGCUGCUCCAAGGCAACCAUACUAUUACAAGGAAUGGGAUGCAGCAUGGCCCUUUAUAGCCUGCGAAUGCCCUCGUAAAUCUGGGCCAGUUGGAGAUACAAGAAAUACAAAAAUAAGGGGAGUAAUUACUUUUACUGUGCAUAUAAGCCUGGCAUUUUGAAAGGGGGGCAUGCACCGUGCGUUCUCGUUCCCGGUGACUGUGGAGCGCAGUCGGACCAAGGAGCGCCUGGAGGCGAGUCUGGCCGGGCUGUGCGAACUGGAGCUCCGCAAGCAGAGGCAGGAGUGUCUGGUGCUGGGGGCGCUGGCUCUGGGAGACCCCCUUCCCCAGGACAGCGCCAGAGGAGAGCUGGCGUGUUUCAGCAGCUGGGGGCAGGAAAACUUGACACUGAGGCGUCAGCUGAGUGCCCUUCAGAGUUCCCCAUGGGGCCUGAUGCAGGCGCUGGAACAGCAGGUGGGAGAGCUGAGGAUCGACACCGACGAUGACUGCUAUGAUGGAGCUCAAGGAGACACGGGCAACAGUCAGCCAAGUUCUGGUUUCUAUGAGUUGAGUGAGGGUCACUCGCCAAAAGCAAGAUCUUGUUCCACUGAGCCUGCAGAAACACUCUCUUCCUGGGCUUCCACCAACGACAGGCCAAAGUCUGUGGGUGACCCCCUCAUGCUGAAUGGAGAACUGGAUGUGCCAUGCCUACGCACCACCCUGCCUCGCUCUUUCUCUGCCCCUUACCCACCUCUGGAGGGCAUUGCUGAAGAGGGUAUAGCAGUGGACUCCUGGCAAUGGGACCCCAAUGGAGCCAACCAAGCCUGGCAGCAGCAGGCAGAGGAUCUGAUCACUGAGGAGGACUACCAGCAGGCCUUGAGGGUAGAAGGUUACAUCCUAAGUCUCAUCCAGCGCCACAACCUCCCACCCCGGCCGUGUCAGCCUCGCACAACCCUGAGCCCCGACCCCCCGUACUGCAGUGCCUCUGGACACAGCUCCCUACACAGGAGAACUCAUUCUCUGACCACAGAGCAGCGCCAUCCUGACCCCCAUCUCCAGCCCCACGUUGACCUUUCAGCAAACCCUAAGAGCCAGGGCUGGGGUUGUGACCUGCUGGAAGGGGAGGCCUGUGGAGGAGAGGCCCCAUCUUUGGAAGAGGACUGUUAUCUGGCUCUGCCCUACCCCCAACCCAGGCCACACUCUCUGGCAGAGAGGCUACCAUCACCUCUGCCCUCCCUGGACCCUAACUGUGGUGUUGGGGCUCUUGACCUUUGUUGUGAACCCCCAUCCCCCCAGCAUUACUUACAUCCACAACCCCCUAUUCAUCACAAACACAAUUUAGUAAGUGCUCAGUAUAUCCCUGGACAAGGCUGCCAUGCCCCUGUGCGCUCCCCGAGACACUACAACCCGGAGCAGCCUAAGCCCAACCGAGCUAUCUCUUCUCCUGACCACCCGAACUCCAAGCCCAGAACCUCUAAGAAGAGCCACAACGAGCGUCAGAAAGCCAAGAAAUCAAGCAGUAAAACCAGUCGGUCCCAGUCUGAAAACAGCCUCCUGGGCCAGCGAGUAUUGCCAGAGCGCAGGUACAGCACCACAGAGAGGCACCAAGGCAGAGGGGAUCUUGCUCAGAACCAAGGCCAAGUCACUGGACCACAGGUGGCCAACAACAGCCACAAUGGGAGCCGACGUUGGUGCUCCAACCUGGAGCUCAGCCAGGAUGAAGGGGAACCCCUAACCGCGCAGGCACAGAGACGACCCCCCCGAAAAAAUCGUCACGGUCAUUCUUGUCCCCAUUCCCAACCCCAUAACUACCACCACCAACAGCACACCCAGCGCUGGCACCCAGACUUUCAGGAGAGAGCGCCUCUCUGUCAGGGAGAGGAAGGUUACGCUGGUGCCGCCCCCGCAGAGUCCGAGUCCAGCAUGAGUGAGGUGUAUUCCCCGGCCUCCAGCUCACUGUCCAGUGACUCAGAUGAGAGUGGGGGGCUGGUGUGGCCACAGCAGCUGCCACCACGCCUUGCUUCUACCUCUUCCUCAUCCUCACCUUCACCACAGGCCACUGCCAAUGCUCCCUCUCAACCAAAAGCCUUUGUUAAGAUCAAAGCCUCCCACGCUCUCAAAAAGAAGAUCCUCAGAUUCCGCUCAGGGUCCCUCAAAGUAAUGACUACUGUAUGAGGUAGUACUACCUGUAACCGUUACUACUGUGUUGUAAAGCCGUCGUCAGAGCAACAUUGUGGCUGCUACUUUUGGUCAUCUUAUCUUAACUAGCCAAUCCAGUCUUUAUACUCAACCUACCUCUAAUUACAGUAUGUUCUUAGUAAGAGGAAAUUACAUUAAUGGACAUGAUUAAAGAUCUGCUGGAUAUCAUCCGUCUGUAGUAUCUGGUUUAAUUUAUCUUGUAGCUGACAACCAUCAGACACUAGACUAAUGGGCAUUAUCCUUUUCUAAUUGGUGAUAAUUGAUGUGAUGCAAAGUUACACUGUUGACAUGGACCACAUUGAAGCUAAGUGACUGGAUUUCCUGACAGUUUUUUCUUGAUGUGUGUUGGUCUUAUAGUUAAUUAAUCACAGAUGUAUGGUUAAUUAAUUCCUACAGUGUCGAGUUGGCCAAAUCCAAUUCCACACAGCGAAUGGGUACACUGUCAAAAGUGAAGUCUUGCCAAACACCAAAGCUCUACAAAUGAGACUAAAGCGAUUUAUGGCACUGACAUUUCUAAGAAAUGUUGCUGUAUUUGAUGGGUCCAAAUACAAUUUCCAAAUCACUUCCCAUGUUUCCAAGUUUCCUGGAAAGAACUAUGUAAUUUUCUACUAAUCAUGGGGAAAACAGGAAUUUCUUUGAAAGAACAGCUCCAUUUAAACCCAACUAUUAUUGGAAACUUCAUGCUCAAACUUUCACAUUUUGCAUGGUUAGCUAAAGCCUUGCUAGGUUAUGCUACCAAUUAAUUGGAAUGAACUGGAGUGUACCAUUUGAACGCUGGCUCUAUUUUCCUACAAAUCAGUACCAAAUUACAUAGUUCAUUCCAGGAAACUUCUUGGAAAUGAUUUAGAAAUGCUUAGGACAUUAUCUGGAAAUUACAGACCCAUAAAAUAAAGCAUUUCUAAAAUGUUAGUGUGUGGUAAGACCUGAAGCUUUUAAGGAUGGAUUUGCCCUGCACUUAGCCAGCAUCCUAUAGAAAACUAAUUUGUGCAGGAGCGAACAAACGUCUAAUGGUACAAAUCUAUCUUUAGAUUUGUUUUUCCUACAGUCUCUACAUUCAUGGGCUGAUUGUGAAUCUCUAAGCAGGGAAAGUCCCUUUAUCUUUGUCGUCCAAUACACUCAGCUCUGCCUCUUUGUAAACUGUGGAUUCACACUGAAGUGAACCGUCCAUUACCUCUCUUCUUCUGCCAGCUGCUUUAGGGACCAAUGAGCAUAAACAGAUGUCUGUGAGUCAGGAAUGGGUUUAGUAGAGGCCAUAGUAAGGGACCAGUGUACAUGCAUGCAUGCACAUAUAUAAUGUGUAAGUGCACGGAUUCAUUGAAACACAGGGACAGAGACUCAGACACUCUUGUAAAUAUGUAUGUUUCUGUAUAUACCAUCAUGUGGCCUUGUUUGGAAUGAAUGUAGUCUGUAAAUAAAGGCAAUUUUGCUCUUAAUUAUGGUACAAUAAU